ACCGCGUGGCAGUGGUGACAAUUUAGUAGUUGACUGAAUUUUACGGAAAGUUAUUUAUUUUAUUUUGGAAAAACUUACAGAUAUGUCGUCAAUCUUACGCUUGGCUGUCAGUAUCCUUGUUGUGCUGGCACUCUUAACCACACAUACAGCUUUAGCCAAUUCGCGACCGCCACGAAACAAUGACAUCAGCAACAUGGCCGAUGCACUGAAAUAUUUACAAGAUCUGGACAUGUAUUAUGGUGAUCGAGCACGAGCCAGGUUUGGCAAGCGCGCGCCACUAAUACAACUCUUGCAUCAACGUUUGCUGGACAAUCCGGAAAUGCAAGGCACGAGCCUUAGACCAUCCAUCGGCUGAGGAACCUUUCUAAAGUCCUAUGUGAAAAUGCAUGUGAAUUGCACUCAAUUGAACAACAACUUCAUGAUUCACACUGGCAAAGUAAACGAUGUAGCAGCAAACCAUUUCAAAAGUUAUUGAGUAAAAUUUAUUAAAAAAACUAUGGUGUAUGUU